CAAACAAACAAAUUAACUUACUAAUUAAAUUUAAUUUCUAAAAAAACUAAAAUGACAAUUUUAAAUUCCAUCACUUCAUUCAAUAAAGUUUCAAAAUCAUCAUCAGUUGUUGCCUCCGGUAGCUCAAACAAUCAACAAUCCAAUAAUUCUUCAGCUUCUCUAUUUGGCCAUGGUAUUGCUGGUGCAGGUGGUCAAAGAGGUGGCACAGUCUAUUACAACAAAACCUCAACCUCAUCAUCUGAAACUUACUAUGCUAGUGGCCAAGAAUCAGGUGGUUUUGGUUUCCUUCAUUAAAUAAUGAAUGGUAAACAAAAAAGUGAUAUUACUUUAUGCAUCUGUAAAAAUUUAUUAAAUAAAAAUCUUAAAUAUAUAUCAUUAUAAAUUACAUUAAAGUUUA